CCCAGAGCUCUUUGAAGUGCUCUUUUGGAGGUUUGAUUCAACAUGAGCAGUUUGGUCAGUAUAGCACAGAUCCUAGCCACACUUCUCCUCCACAUUCCACUGACAGAGGUCACGGACACUCUACGCACAACCCACUCCAAAGUGAUGUUAUUUCGUGAUGUGUGGCAACGGAGUGUGUGUCGCCCGAUGGAAAGGCUGGUGGAGGUGGAGAAGGAAUAUCCAGGGGUUGUGGAGUCUUCAAUCUUCAAUCCUCGCUGUGUGCCUCUUCAUCGCUGUGCUGGCUGUUGUAAUGAUGAAAAAUUACUAUGCUCCCCUACCCGCAGUCACAAUGUCACAAUACAGCUGUUGAAAAUAAGCCUAGUACAGGGGACGAAGAAGUAUAUAGAGCUUUCAUUUUCAGAGCACCGCUCCUGUGAGUGCAGACCCAAUCAGAGUCACUUAAGACAUCAGAGGCUAAGGCUAAGUAGGCCAUACAGGGGAAGAAAAGGGAAAAAAAGGAAAAAAGAGAACAAAAAACAGUAGCAGGUGUCAUAAUUUCAGCUAAUUACUUUUCCAUUUCCUCUUGUUUAAUCCAUACAUAAAAAGACAGGAACAUCUCAUGCAUCUGGGAUGAAAGCCAUGAUGAGUUCUUCUUUCAGAGGAAGCUCUUACAGUCCGCAGACAAUAAGAUAUCCUCUGGGAAUCAUAGAAUAACAGAGUGGAGGCUCUGUAAUCCCCCUCUAUUGUGUUACUUGCUUAAUCCCACUGCUGUGAUGAGUGUGGUCAUGGAAAUGACAAGGAGACAUGACUUCGUGACAAGAUGGCUGACCACGAAGGUGACUGAAUACUACUAUGAACAUUGUUGAUGAUAAUCAAUACUUUACUUGUCUGGAUCUUCACAAGCAUGUGUUGUUUAUCGGUUGUUUAUCCUUGUACAUAGAGAAAUGAUUACUAAAGCCAGCUCUAUUCAAUGUAUACCAUAAUAAAUGUUAAAUAAAUCUGUUCUGAACAAAAAUGUGUUCUUGUAAAAGUAAAUAUAAUAUAUAGUACAAUAAUGGAAUAAGUUUUGAACAUGUUCAACCUAACCUUUGUCCAUUUCCUAUCACCAAAGGUUAAAUGUCCUAUGCAGUUAGUUUUAUUCUUUUGAGCAAUGUCAUGUGUUGAUGAUGAAUUUUCUUUAUGAAAUACUUAGCUAGGCUGGGACAGGUUGAGCACAGAUAGAAAAAGCGGAUGCCUCACUGGACUGAGCUGGAGUUGACAGGAGUAGAGUUGACAACCCAUGUCCCAGUCCAUGGGGCCCCUGAUUGUUUUUGAAGUCAGUGUGUUUGAGCCAUGAUCAACUCAUGGUGGUGCAAAUGGUGUUGGAAUGUUAGUUUUUGUUUUAGUUUUUAAUCUAUUUAAUCUACUGUUGUACCUGUUACUCCAUAUCAGUGCCUGUCAGAAUUUACUCCAAACUGAGGGACAUGAGCAUUCAAAGACAAUAAAUUAAAUGCAAACGUACUACAGAAUAUACCGUUAUCUUUUAAAUAAAAGUAUUUAUGCACAUUAGUAAUUUCCUGUCAUAUACAGUAGAUGUCCAUAAUGAGCAAAAGCAUAUACAAUAUCUCCAUUUUGAUGUCAUGAACACUUUAAUAAUGUUGAAAAAGCAACAAAAUGGCUCCGUCAUGAUAUAGAAACAGAACAGUAAAGUUAAAUAUUUUUGUUGAUACUGUUAUUUGUUUUCUUCCUUUGUUUGUUACUGUUUUUUCCCCCUUAUUACUACU